UACAGAGGAACAAGUAUGAAAAAUGAUUUUGAUGAGGAAGAAAUUCCAGCAGAGCCUGUGAGUCCAACUGGGCAAUACUUGAACAGCACUUCAUUGUGUGUUUACAUUCUCGGUGUCUUGGAAUCUGAUGUUCCAAUCGAUGAUAGCCACACUCUUUCACUGCUUCAACAUGUUUUUCUCCCCAUCAACACACGCUUCUCUUCCAUCAUGACAAGGGACAAAAAUGGAGAGAAAAAAUGGAUGAAGGUUGAAGUGAAGCUAGAGGAUCACAUAAAGGUACCCAAAUUUCCCAAUGAAAAAUCAUCAUCAUCAUUAUUAUUAUAUGAUGAAGAUGUUGAUGAAUAUAUGUCCAAAAUAGCAAUGGAAUAUUUACCACAGAAUAGGCCACUUUGGGAAAUUCACAUAAUCAAAUACCCAACAAGAAAUGCAGCUGGCACAUUGGUGUUCAAACUUCACCAUGCACUUGGUGAUGGUUACUCUCUAAUGGGUGCUCUUCUUUCAUGCUUGCAAAGACUUGAUAACCCUAAUCUUCCAUUCACACUCCCUUCAAGUAAUAAAAAAUUAUUACCCAAAUCUUCAACAAUUUUCAAAAAUAAUAUUUUCUCCUCUGCAUUCCACUCUAUGUCUGAUUUUGGAUGGAGCAUAUUAAAAAGUAGUUUGGUUGAAGAUGAUCACACACCAAUUAGGUCUUGUGGUGAAGACAACAAGCUUAGGCAAGUUACCAUCUCAAGUGUCACUUUUUCAUUUGACCACAUCAAAGAAGUCAAAUCUCUACUUGGAGUGAGCAUAAACGACGUGCUAGCUGGCUUAAUUUUCUUGGGCAUUCGACUGUACAUGCAAGACAUUGAUCUGAAAUCAAGAAAUUCUCAGUCCACAGCACUUGUUUUGUUCAAUACAAGAAACAUAAGAGGAUACAAAUCUGUUAAGGAAAUGGUUGAAAAGAGUAACAACAAUGGUGCUUCGUGGGGGAACAGAUUUGCAUUCUUGCAUGUUCCAAUUCCAGAAUUAAGUGAUUCCAAAUAUGCAAACCCACUUGAGUUCAUAUGGGACGCUCAGAAAGAGAUUACUAGAAAGAAAAGUUCUUGGGCUACUCCUCUUACUGCCAUGUUCUUAAAUAUGGUCAAGAGACUCAGGGGCUCUGAGGCUGCGGCUAGAUACGUGCAUAGCACACUGAGGAACUCAAGCACCACUGUUUCAAGCAUCAUUGGGCCAGUGGAACAAAUGGCUUUGGCUAAUCAUCCAAUCAAAGGUUUAUAUUUUAUGGUAGUUGGUCCACCAGAGAGUCUCACCAUAACUAUCAUGAGCUACAUCGGAAAGCUAAGAAUUGCAUUUGGAUUGGAAAAGGGGUUUAUGGACAAGGAAAAAUUCAAAUUGUGUAUGGAAAAAUCUCUUGAGAUGAUAAUUUCAGCAGCAAGAAAUAUUUCUACGUAAAAUCGGAGAAAGACAUGCAUGACGAAGCUCCGGUCCACAAUAUUCCU